CUCUCUCUUUCUCUCUCUCUCUCUGUUUAUACAGACAGAUACAGAUAGAUAGAUGUACACAGGUACAGACUUGUGCUUGUGGAGUAUAAAUGUAAGAGCAUGAAGCACAGUGUGUCUCUCCCCACAGGCACCUCCCGCCUCACGCCUUGCUUCCUCCCGUCUCCCAGAGUCUACACACCUGCACUCUUGAGGCACCUCCCGCCUCACGCCUUGCUUCCUCCCGUCUCCCAGAGUCUACACACCUGCACUCUUGAGGCUGCUGGCGAGAGGAACUGCCGUCCCAAGCCCUCCACCAUGGCCGCCGCUCCGAAAGUUUGCGUCCGUCGCAUUAAGCUUAUCUGUCUCAUGGAGAACGCAGGCAAGGACGUCUUGACCUUCGUGUUGAAGCGCGGCGCGCUGAACGCCCCCGCCACGCCGCCGGGCCAGUCCCUCACUGACUACCUUGACAACCUCCCUCAAGGCUCGACAGCCAACUAUGGAAGGAUGAGUAAAAAACAAAAGAAAGCAGCAGUGAACCACACCGACCGCCGCCAAGCACAACGCUUCCCUUUAUGGGACAACUUUGAUUUGACUUUAUUGUACAAAGCAAUAAAGCUGACGUGCGAAGGCCUGGCGAAAGAUGGCGAUCCCGAAUGGGGGAACCAGAACACCCUGGAGGGAUUGGUAACGAAAAUCAAGGAUGAGCGGAAUGAACUCUUUCAUGAAGUCAAAUCUUUCAGCGAGGCAGAGUACCAGCACAAAGUCAACGAGUUAGAACACCUCUUUAUCCGAGUCCUCGCCGCAGCCAAGACCAAAUACUGCAUUCCUGACGCAGAGGUGACACCCGUGCAGGACAACGCCCGGCAGGUCACUGAUACCUUCAGAAAAACAGGAAUGGAGAAAGAAAUUUUAAAAGAUUAUUUCAGUAUCAUGCACCAAGAAUUUCUGAGAGACAGUCAGACCCACCUCAAAACAUCCUAUGAUCGAGUGCAAACCUUUGAUCCUCUGUCCUUCCUUACCGACUCCCCAAAACACCAUCAUCACAUCCAGGACAUUUUCUGCAAGAUGUCCCUCGUGGAAGGAAGAGGACACCGCCAACAGAGGCGAGACAUCGACACUUGCGACGUGCUGACGGUGACGCGCCGCGCGGGACAGAAUCCACAGCCGUCCACAUCCUCAUCGGCCACGCCGCCCACGCACGGCGCCAAGCCACAGCUCAUCCUGAUCAGGGGCGUGGCAGGAAGCGGCAAAACGACCCUGCUCACCUUCCUUGUCUCAGAGUGGCUUCAGGAGCCCGGCGCCUGCACCAUCAAACACCUGGACGAGUACGACAUCGUGGUGCGUGUCUUGUGCCGCGAUAAUGAAGGCCCAUCUCUCCAGAACUUCCUCAAAGUGAUCCUCCCAAACCAUUUUGCUGUGAUGGACGAACACCUCAUCCCCCUCCUACAACAAAGCAAAGUUCUCUUCCUGAUUGACGGCCUGGACGAACUGUCGCCAGGCACUCCAUCACACAGCCUUGUGAAGGACAUCCUCUACAUAUCGAAAUACUCGCCAGGCUUCACACUCGUCUGCACAUCGCGUCCCGAAACAGUGCAAGACUUCCUGGCCAAAUUACCUGAUGGUUAUGAGGUGUGGGACAUGGAGAUGAAAAGUGUUAGCCAUGAACAAAGAAUUCAUUUUGUCAUGAAGCAUUACAACAGCUUCCCAGACAAGGGGGACAAAGACCCUGAGAGGCUUGAGUACCUCAUGAAACACAUUGGCUGGAAGGAUUACCUCGGCCUGCCAUUAAAUCUAUUGUUCGUGGCAACACUUUUCUACAUCGAUCAAGACAAGAUCAAGAUCACCACCACCCAGACCAGCCUGUACGUCACCAUUCGAGACUGGUGCAUAGAAAAACUGCAGGGCAGACUCACAGAUGAUCCACGAGACACAAAGACCCGCGAGGUCCUCAUCUCUAGGGUUCUACAAGAUAUAUACGACAUGUCAUUGCAAGGUCUUCUACAAGACCGACUGACUCUGUCAAAACAGGAAGAGAAGAAGCUGAUUUGUUGCUGCCUUGGAAAAGGAUUACCCAGCAAGGAAGUCAUCCCAGCGUUUUUCAAUCUUCAAGACACCAGUGACAGGCUGGGGCAUCAUCAGAAGUACGCAGCCCCACACAAGAGCCUACAGGAAUUCUACGGUGCAUCAGCAAUCGUCCACAAGCUGGUGGAGGGCUCACACUCAGCAAACAUACGUCGCAUGCUUCACGACCCGCCGCCAGAACAGCUCCGGAACUUGAGGAACCUGCUGCUGCACGUGGCAGGUCUCCUCUGCCACCCUAACACACCACUUUGUGCUGCAGCCAUACAAGAGGUGGUGGACCUGCUGGCGGAGACUGGUGUGGAAGACUGUGGUGAUUGGCUGUCCAUGCUGGAGGACACUGAAGUGAACAGGACUGCCUUGGAUUGUGUUGUCAGACACAUUACAAGUGAUGAGAGUGAGAUGGUAACAAUAACAGACAGCACCAUCACCAGUGCCAGGGCCCUCCUCCCCCUCAUCCCCUCCAAGAUGGUACGGAUAAAGCUAAGCAGGAAGGAAUCAGACGUGCAGGGGCUCAUCUUGGAACACCACAAAUACAUUGCGCUGUCCCUGCACCACCAAUACAUGCAUCCAGACCAAGCCACUCUCUGUGACUCCUUGCUGCGUGCCAUGCCCAGGUGGGUCUGUCUGUCUGUGUGUGUCUGUUUGUUUGUUUGUUUGUUUGUUUGUUUAGUUAGUACCUGCACACACACACACACACACACACACACACACACACACACACACACACACACAAACACACACACACACAGCGUUAUCAUUAUCAUAGUCAUUCUUUUCACAAGUAUUAUCAUAAUUACUACAAUUAACAUUGUCAUGACCAUCAGUGCCACCAUCACAACAGUCAUCAAUGCAUUAUUGUUGUCACCAUCAACAAAACUGAAGUAAAGCCUAACCAUUCAUUAACAACUACAACUGUGUUCAAAUAACCAACCCUCUGGAAUGUUUGUUACCUUUGACUGUAGCACAGAAUGUGACCGUGACUGUCAGGACGGUGAAGAUGAUGAUAGUGAUGACGAUAGUGAUGGUG